AUGAACUCUCCACUGCUGUCGCGGAAUGAUGUGCUGAUGCUGUCCCAGACGGCAUGCCGAAUUGGCAGGGCCUUUGCGCAUGGCAAAGACAGUAAUCCGGUUGAGUUUGCCCAGGUGGAGAGAGAGUUGAACUGCCUUGGCGGAACUCUGAAGCUAGUUGCUGGAGCGCUGCGCGAAGAGGACAGUGUCUUAUCUCACGCUGAUGAUGAAACAAGAGGCGCGAUCAACGAGAUCCUUCAGUCUGUUCGGAAGACCCUCGCAGCCCUGGAACGCUUUGUAGACCGAUAUCAAGUGAUCCAGAAGAAGGAUACUGGCCAUGGAUUUGUCGUGGAACGGACCUGGAGUCGGAUUGUGCUUGAGAACUACAAGACUUUCAAAUGGACCAUUCAAGGCUGCGACAUACAGGCGCUGCAGGAAGUCCUCCUGAUGUACACGACUUGUCUGGAAUUGAUUCUGCAGGCACUCCAGUCGCGGGCGCCGGGAAGACUUGCGGCAACUGUUGUCUCGAUAGCGCAGCACAUUGCGCCGAUCCAUGAGAAAGGCGGUGGAAGUGAAAGCCUCAGAAAGGCCCUCGACAAUUUGCAUCAAGUCAUUGUGGCACUCACAAGCCGCACUGAGUCGCUCAAGCCGCACGGAACCUGGACACGGCCGGCAUCCAUCCGAGAAGACGAGGUUGCAUACACUCCAUCAUUAUCAGACAUAUCGCUUAGUGAAGAAAAGAAGUACGACGACAUAAGCUCUCGCAUCUCGAAUGACAGUCAGCAUCGACUUCAUCAGAGGCGCAGCCUACAUCAAACGUUCAUGCACGCUGGCUCAACGUUGAACUUCACUUCAGAUGGCAACCUCACAGCAGCCGACGCGCUUCAGCAAGCCAUUACCGGAUCACAAACAUCCGGCUCGAGUACCUCACUUAAGCCACAACACAGCGCGUCAGAGAGCAAAGACUUAUGCGCAUCGCCACAAGAUAGCGCGUACGAGGGAGAAUCUUCGUUCAGAACCUCGUGGCGCAGAGACUCCGCAACGUUACCAGCCUUGUUUCGUGCAUUGGAAGAAGACUCUCGAGCGACCGCAGGCAGCACGCGAAGUCUGAGUACAGAAGAAGGCGAGCCGCCACCCUUGCCGGUGAAGAGUAAGAGAAGGUCAAUGCCACCACCUUUGCCUAUCAGAAGAUCAGCACAGCGUGUGGAGCCCGAUUUGCUUCCGCUGUCCGCAAUGGAAAACACCAAAGAUACAAUCUAUGCUGCCGCCAAAGCAUCCAGCGUCUCGACAGAACCGCGAAGGGCACACAACGGCGCUGAUGGAAACUCACCGAGUAGCAAAUCAGCAACCAAGACCGCGUACCAGCAGACCAUCCACAUCGAAGCGAGCGGCAUCAAUGAACGUCAAACAUUCGAAAGACAGCUCUUCCGCAACUCCGCCAUCCUAUGCGACGUCCGCGGCCGACUCAUCGAAUACGCGCAACAUAACCCAGAAAUCGCUGACAUGCGCUACAACGUCGAAAUGAAACCCGCCUGCAAGGAAUGUCGGAUCCUUGUCAUUCGCAGGCGAGAGAACCGAGAAUACGGAGGUACCAAAGUCGCUACAUCAGUAUGGUGUCUUUCCGACGACGACGAGACUCGAAUCCAGCAGAAAUUGUCCGAGACUCAAGAAACAGUACCCUACUGCUCAUACUUCGAACCCGAGAAGGUUUCUCUGGCAGGAAACACAGAAGAAGGCGGACAGGUUUCACUGAAGUUCCAUGCGAAGGAAUGGGGCGCAAUGCUCGAAGCAGAAAAAUCAACUAAUUGGGUAAACUAUUAUUUCGCCAUUGAGGUCGAUGCUGUGAUGUUCCAAUCUGCUGUUUUCGGACGCAAGCUGUUGGGAUCCUUCCGAACCACAAAAACGACUGUCAUCCACGAAGGAUUGAAAGGUGCCUUCGCGUUCGAAGAACAGUUCGCCAACAUCGAAAUGCUGAGGUUGUGGGAAGAAGAUGGAGUGGAGACGCCAGGUGCUGCUGGAGGUGUCAUGGCUUUGAUGCACAUUUCAUCGAACUUCGGAGAAGGAUGGGCGAGGUGGUGGAUCAACAACAUUCGGCAACACGUGAGGAUCAAAGAGGAUGGGAGUAAGUUCGUGAAGGUGAAAGGAAUUGAUGUUACAGUCGCGAGACCUGGUGCUACUGCACGGCAAGCGGAGAGAGCAAAGAUUGCGAGCAUGGGAGGAGUGGUAAAUGCGAAGGCGGCGGAGAAGGACGCAAUUCUGAAGAAAGUCGGUGGAAUCAAGAUCGAGUUCAAGACCGAAGAGGAGAGGAAUAAGUUCGUCGAAGCUGCCAAGGAGGCGCAGACAAGAUCGUUGCCGUUGCCGGAGUUGUAG